GGUAACGAAGAAAACUGUGGAUUAAACAAAGCAGGAAUUCGGACAGAUUUUUUUCUUACUUGACUUGAAUCGGUUCACUCCGGUGUAUAUGAACGUUUGCUAAAAAGCUAUGGAAGUAUCCGCGGACCAACCCAGAUGGAUGAGCCAUCACCACCCAUCGGUGCUAAACGAACAGCAUCCCGGCUCGCAUCACCCGGGCCUCGGCCACUCGUACAUGGACCCCUCGCAGUAUCCCCUUGCCGACGAUGUGGAUGUACUGUUUAAUAUCGACUCACAGGGCAACCACGUAUCUCCAUACUAUGGGAACUCAGUCAGAGCCGUCCAGAGGUACCCACCUCCUCCACAUAGUAAGAUUACAGGUAGUCAGGUGUGUCGCCCCUCUCUGCUGCACGGCUCUCUGCCGUGGCUGGACGGAAGCAAAGCGAUGCAGCACCACAGCACUUCCCCGUGGAACCUGAGUCCUUUCCAGAAGAGCUCACUGCACCACGGUUCCCCGGCAGGUCUCUCUGUCUACCCUUCGGCGUCCUCCUCCUCCCUGUCCGGGGGCCACUCCAGCCCGCACCUCUUCACCUUUCCCCCCACUCCUCCGAAAGACGUGUCCCCGGAUCCAGGCAUCUCCACUCCGGGCUCAAGCAGCAACAGUCGCCAACAGGAGGAGAAAGAGUGCAUAAAGUACCAGGUGUCCCUGGCCGAGAGCAUGAAACUGGAGUCUCACAGCCGGAGCAUGGCAUCAAUCGGAGCGCAAUCAUCCGCACACCAUCAUCACCCCAUCGCCACAUACCCAUCCUAUGUCCCCGAAUACGGCCCAGGCCUCUUCCCGCCAAGUAGCCUGAUAGGUGGGUCAUCUUCUAGUUAUGGUUCCAAAACAAGACCAAAAACAAGGUCAUGUUCAGAAGGUAGAGAGUGCGUUAACUGUGGAGCUACGUCGACCCCGCUCUGGAGGCGGGAUGGCACUGGUCACUAUUUGUGUAACGCCUGCGGACUCUAUCACAAGAUGAACGGGCAGAAUCGGCCCCUCAUCAAACCCAAGCGACGACUGUCUGCAGCAAGACGCGCAGGAACAUCAUGUGCAAACUGUCAAACGAGCACGACAACACUGUGGCGAAGAAACGCCAACGGGGACCCCGUGUGUAACGCUUGCGGUCUAUACUACAAACUGCACAAUAUCAACCGACCUCUCACCAUGAAGAAGGAGGGCAUUCAGACCAGGAACAGGAAGAUGUCCAGCAAGUCGAAGAAGAGCAAAAAGUCCCACGACAGCAUGGACGACUUCUCCAAGAGCCUGAUGGAGAAGAGCAGCUCGUUCAGCCCCGCCGCUCUGUCCCGCCACAUGUCCUCCUUCCCCCCCUUCUCACACUCCGGCCACAUGCUGUCCACCCCCACGCCCAUGCACCCCUCCUCCUUCGCCCCUCACCCCCACUCCAGUAUGGUCUCUGCCAUGGGCUAGAAGACCCCAACGGUACCACCCACCUCCCAGAACCCCUCAAUCAACAACCAACCCCCCCCAUCCUCUUACUCCCAGUUCUUUUCGCUUACCUGAAUCCCAAGCUGAAAGACAACCAAACUGCUCUCUGCUACCCAUAACCAACCGCUCUGCUCCAUCACCAAGCCGCCUAUGAUCUGACCUCAUUGUGAGGGAGACAGGCUC